CGACUACACAUCAGACGCAAGCCAAAACGUGCUGCGUGCGUGCGUGCGGUUGCCAAAGCAUGCAGCCAGCCUUCAACUUCGCUCCUUGAUCUUCGUCAGACUACUGCAACUCACCUCCUCCUUCUCAACCAUCAUUCGCUUCAUUUCCAUUUCGCAUCGCGCAAGCUCUUUCAAAGAUUGGUCUGGCAUCAACAAUGAUCGCUCCUAUUCGCUCCGCUUCCUCCUCCGCUGUCCGCCGCGCUGCGGCUGCGGUGCCCAGGAGAUGCGCCUCGCCUGCACUCGCUCGCAGGUCUUACGCUAGCGGUGCUCAUCAAGGCGAGAAGCAGCAGCAAAGCAGCGAUGUGCCCUGGGCCAUUUCUAGUCUCGUCGUCUUUGGAGGUCUCGGCAUCUACCUGACCGCUCCCCCAAAGGAUGGCCAUGGUCACGGGGGCCACGAUUCGCACGCCAAGAAGCCUCGCGUGUCGGACGACAAGUCUGCUGGACUCGACUUUGAGGAGCUGGCAAAGGGAAAGACGGAGUCCAAGGAUCAGCACGAGGAUGCUCCCGCAGGAAACAAGCGCCUGGCUGAGCUAUCUCACACUGCGGAGGACGAACCUGCGUCUAGGCAAAAGGCCAAGCAGACUGAUGUCCGCGAGACCCACAAGGACGAUCACGUCUUCAAAACCGGAGUCGCAGCGGUCAAGGAGGGACACAGAGGUGGAGAGGACAGCCACAUUACCGAUCCGAAGAAGACUGUCGCAGCCGCAAAGACUUCGAGACAAGACGCCAAGGCAAAGGCUGAAUUUGGCGCUGACGAGAACGACGCAGCUAAGGGUGAUGACAGCGAGGAGAAGGACGAGUAAAGCUUCCUGGGAAACCGCCAAGGAAGUCGCAGUAAACUGCGCGAGAGGCAAUCCUCAUCGCGACGUCGGAGGUGCCAUCGUAGCAGCUAUCAAUGAUGGCCACGCCCUUUUCCCAUAAAGGCCAUUUGCAGUCCGCUUGGCAAUCACUCGCUUCAAAUGUCAAUCAGCAUUCUUAAACAUCACAGCAUUCCGCAAGCGAUCCUGUAAAUCCGCCGCAAAUCCAUAAUCAAACGUCGAGCAUCAGGUGGACAAGAUCGUCCUCUGCAUCGCAAUGUCUAGAUGUUGUGCGUCGCAGCGCGGCAGGGUGAAAGGCAAGCUCACGGUUGCCGCUCGCUUUUAGCGGGACAAAGAUGCAUGUGAAAUUAAGGGGUC